AUGAGGCCAGGGAUAAGUCUUGAUAACAGUACAGCAGAGUCACCACGCCCUCGCAAGUCGUCCAAUGCCGAUUCGCACCCGCCCUCAAUAGUUGGUGAUCGCGAACGCCACAGCAAUUCUGCUACUACUUUCUUCCUCUCACGAGAUCCCGAUGCCUCCGUCAAGACGCACCAGUCCGAUCGAAGUGCCGGACCGCCUUUAUCUACAUCACCCUUGAGUAGCCUGCAGGAUACCAUUGACGAGGCCGACCGUGACCGGUCCUCAAUUAAGCAUACCACACCCCGACAAGCUGAGGCUACAAGUCUAACAAGGAGUGGGAGUCGACGACGCUCAACCAUCAAGCCGGGGACGAACUGCGAACGCUUCCGACGGGGCUCUUCCAGCGUGAACCCCGAGACCAACAUUACAAGUAGUUCACCUCAACCCCUUCCCGAGAGAGUCGUUACUCCUUCACCAUUACCCUCACGAGACAUUUCACUACCCGGCAGUCCGAAAUCUCUCGCCUCGCGGAGAUCGGUACAGACGAAAUCGUCCGCCAAUUCCGACGAUGAGUUAUUGACUAAUGCAGAUGAGACGGGCAGUCAGGCAAUACUAUCCAGUGGCGACGAAGAUGACAAUGAGGGUGCAGGUGGGCAAGCCGGCGGACUUGAGAUGAUGUCUUCAAUACGAGGAGUACAAGACAGCCAGCCGGAACUUAUCAUGCCGAGUAUCAAGAUGCCGUCUAGACGGCCUUUUACAGAAAGGGGAAAGAAGCUGGGCAGGUUCAAGAUUAUGGUUGCUGGACGCAAAGGCGUGGGAAAGACCUCUCUUAUAAAGUCCAUCGUCCAACUCUGUGAAGACAUUGUCCAUGUCGAUCCACUUAUAACCACGAACUCGUCUCACACCUCCCAUCGGACUUCUGCUGGCAUUUCGGAGCCAAUCAACGAAGUUUAUGCGUCAACAAAGCCGUAUCCAAUGUGGUGGUCUACAAUCGAGGAGUCGCGCAUCCUGCGUCGACGGAAAUCGAUGGGAGACUCCGUGCUUGAACGGAACGUCUGCUUUGUGGAUACCGCUGAUUCUGUCAAGCUGGAGAGUCUUAUCCACUAUGCAGAGCAACAACUCGUGAACGCGAUGGUAAGUGUUGACCAGCUCACGAGCGAGUUCUCGGGCUUGUUAAGUGGGCGAGGUGCAAGCCAGGUCGAUGUUGUGUUGUAUUUGAUUUCAAAAGAUACCAUACAAGACGACUGCGGAUCUAUUCGCCGGUUGUCCGAACUAUGCAACAUCAUUCCUCUCAUAGCAAAGUCGGAUCUACUCACUCUCGAAGAUCAGCAAUAUAUCAAACAGACUCUAGACCCUAGCAUUUCCACCUUACCUCAACUCCCAACAACCCUACCCUCAGCGGAAUCAGUUGCGUCCACCUCAGAAGUCUCUCAACCCACACCUGCAGCGCCAGCAACCGCACCUUACACUGUAACUUCCACAAAUGGUCCUGACCUCGACACGAUGGACGCCUCCCUCCUCAUGUCCCCAGAGUACAUUCAGCCUCUACUGCCCUCCGAGCUCACCUUGCUCGUUGAAUCAAUCUUCGAGCCUGAAACCGUCGCUUUCCUACGCCAUACUGCCGCCCGGAAACUCGUGGCCUGGCACUUGGCCCAUCCUCGACUAACCUCUGUCCCAUCACCCUCUCUCCCGUCACAAUCGUAUGACGCGUCAAUGAGGAAUUCAACGCUCACCUCUCCACUACAAACACCGCUAAGUCCUUCAAACUCCGGCGUUUUGAUUCCUGUAGGGUCAGAAGUCUCACUCAACACAUCGAACUCUUGGGCACUGGCCAAAGUUGCAGAUCACACGCAACGAGAAGAAAGGCUGGCGCAAAUCCGGCUGAGCAAGUGGGCGAGCGAGUUGCAAUUGAGUUUACAAAGAGAAAGAGAGCGGUAUGAGCGGCUUGCGAGAGGAGAACGGGCUGUCUGGCUCGUGGAGCGAAUGGGGGAGGAAGUCCGCGAUGGCACGAUCGUGCCUCUACAGCAGGGAGACAGUACACAGGCGCUUAUAAGAAAGGGCGGCAAAGCUGGCAUUUUAUAUGGCGUCGACGUCUUGCCCAGCUAUCAAAUGCAGGACCCGCUAGGACUGUUGAGAUGGCAGGACAGCAUCCGUGUGAGAGGAUGGAUUGCACUGCAAAUUGUGGGCAGUUUCGGCGUUGUUGGUGGAUUAGCAUUUUGGUUGGCGAAGCAUUUUGGUGUGACUGGGAGUGUUAACGAAUGGUGGAUCCAAGGCUGGCAUUACUUUGGUUGGCAUGAUUGA